UGCCCCGCCGCAAUGAGGCGGCUGGUGACAUAAGCCGCACCGCCACAGCCACUCACCGUAGUUGAAACUUGACGGCGUGUGAGCAUCAUCCCGUCCAAGCCGCCACCAUACCUCCGCUCUCCUCUACUUUCUUCCUCACACCGCAAAUACUCGGAACUAACCGUCACCAUGAAGGUCCUCUACGUCGGCAUCCUCAAGUUCGGGCCGGAGGAAGCCAAGGAGGCAGCCAAGGACGAGUCGCGGGGAGCGACUCAGCUUUGCGGCGAGGACACGGUGAAGAGCUACUACAACAAGUUCACCGGCGGCACCGUCGCCCAAGUUGUGACCUUCGGAGCAACCCAAAUGGCAAAAAAAACAACACAAGAACGAAAGGCAUUACACUACGAACAAGAUGGGUAUCUCUUCUACUCACAACAUCGCUGUGAUGAAGACGUCUGCGGCGUAAUAAUCACCGAUCAGGAAUACCCGGAGCGCGUCGCCAGUGAUCUGCUCUCCAAGGUGUGCGACGAAUUUGUCACAAAAUACCCGCGCUCCGCCUACGCCGACAUCACGUACCAAUACGCGAAGGUCCACCAUUGGAACCCUCUUCCCAUGCCCGAGCUGAAGGACUACCUCGCGAAAUACCAAGACCCGCAGCAGGCGGACACCAUCAUGAGGAUCCAGAAGGAGCUGGCUGAGGCCAAGGACGUCGUCUACAAGACCGUUGACAGCUUGGUUGAGCGCGGGCAGAAGAUCGAGGACCUGGUGGCGAAGAGCGAUAUCUUGAGUGCACAGAGCAAGAUGUUCUAUACUCAGGCGAAGAAGCAGAAUUCCUGCUGUGUGGUUAUGUGAACAUGCUUCGGAAGCAUCAUAUUGUCUAUCUGGCGUUUUGUUGCUUCCUUUGAUAUAGAUUGCAUCACAUAACCCUGCACACCCUCGGCAUCUCAAAUGCAAUAUGACAUAUCAUUAUGGAACGUUUCUUAAGAUCUAUACGCUCCCGUGUUAAUUAGUUCAUAGUCGCUCAACUAGCUAGUAGAGAACG